GUAUGCAACUAGGCGCUUCAGUGGUUUUUACCCAUGCUUACAUGCGGGCUUGUCGCGUAGUCGCAAAGCCGGUGUAUGACUACCUUUUGUCAAACGACCGUAUAUAACACGACAAGGACUUUAGGUGCUCUGUUUAUAAUGUGGGCUUGCUGUGGUUUGUAACCAGCAUGCUGCAACAAAAUCCAACAUGGCGGACGAUCUUGACGACGAGUGGUGGUUAGACAAUUCUAAAGAUGGCGAGACUUCACCCGACCAAGGGAAAUCAGACAAUAAUGCAAAAAAGAGGAAACACGAAACCAUUCGAGAAGUUGAUAACACGGAUCACGUGAAAACGGAUAAAGACAAUAAUAAAAUUGAAAAGAAAAAGAAGAAACGGAAAAGAAAACCCAAGAUUGAAGAUGUGUCAAUCAAGUUGGAAGGAAGUUCUGCCUCUUCUGUUUUGUGGGAAACCUUUUGUUCCAAAUGUGGAAGCAAGUUGACAGACCUUGAGCUAGAAGAUUUGAAGAUAGAUGAGAGUUGCUGUCUUGUAGAGGAUUCAGUCCACUCUGGGGAUGCCAAUGAGCUUUCACCUUAUCUUGGCAGAGUAUUGCCCUUCUGGGGUAAACAGGUGGAGAAACUGGAUAAAAAGAAAAUCGCUGGCAGCCCAUUGCUUCUUGUUGUCACAUCAGCAGCAAGGAGAGCUGUGGAGCUCAACAAGUCUUUGGAUCAAUUCAAAUCUGGAUGUGAAGUUGCAAAGUUAUUUGCCAAGCAUUUUAAAAUUGAAGAGCAAGCUAAGUUCCUAAACUCAAAGGUGGUGCACAUGGGUAUUGGCACUCCAAAUCGAAUCCUCAAGCUGAUUAAAAGUGAUUCUUUGAAGACUAGUCAGCUGAAGUAUGUUGUGUUUGACUGGACCUGGAGAGAUCAAAAGCUUCGAAGUCUGAUGGACAUCCCUGAGGUUUUGGAUGAUAUGAAAAGUCUUCUCCAAGAGUUCUUGCUCCCACUAGCAAAGUCCGCGAAAAUUCAAGUGGGAUUAUUCUAGGAAACGUUUGUUGUGAAAUCCAGCUUUAUGGUCAGUCACGACUAUGUUUUUCCAAGAAAAGUGAUGGGAGUAAAAUCCAAGAACGGAGUAAAUUCCAAGAACACUUGUAUUGAAAAUUUCACUAUAUGUCUGUGACUCGGACCGCCACGUCGUUUUAGACGUACAACUCCACAACUUCGCGCGGGAUAAAAUUGUUAUCUCCGGACUAGACAUUUGUAACUGGGCGCAAGUUCAAAGUGAACUGUCAACACAUCAAGCAUUUCUUACACCAUCAUCAAAACAUAAGGAAUAGUUAGAAAGGUAUUUAAACAAUGGUACAUAGGCCUAAAUUUCCCUCACUGCCUAUUUCAAAUGAGGAUGUAAAUCCGAGUUUAUGUUCAGAGGCAGCUCAGGCUGUUUGCUUAUGAAAUAUAUGUUUUAAAAUUA